UACCGAAAGAAAGGCGAUGUUGUUGUUAUAAAAAUAAAAUGCUCGUCAAAUCCACAUUACAAGUAAAAUAUGAAAAGAAAUGUUGAGAGUAAAAAAUGAAUCGCCGAAAACGAAAGUUGAAACGAAAUAACGAAAAUGUACGGUACGAGUUACAUCACAUUGAUUUUGUUUACACUGUUCCGCAUAUGGGCUGCAGAAAACACAGACGAAAACAAAAAUGUUCUCGUUAUAGAGGACAAUUUAGAAUCUCCGCUGUGUUGCAAUUUAACUGCUGAACAUAUUGAGAUAGAAUAUAGUUCAAAAACGGUUGAAAAUGAAUACAUUGUCAUGUUUAAUGGCUACUACAAGAAUCAGGCAAGAGUCAACUACAUAAAUACAGCAUUAAAUUCAUCCGGUAUAAGAAAAUGGAAGAUAUUGGCACGCGAAAAUCCAGCUAGUGAUUAUCCAAGUGACUUCGAUGUAGUGAUUAUGGAAGAUACAGAGAGAUUUGAGGGCCUAAAUGCUUUAAAAGAUCAUCCAGCAGUUAAAAGGGUGACAUCACAGAGGAUGGUUUCAAGGACCUUAAAGUUUGUGAAUGCAGAUUAUGUGAGGAUAGGAAGAACAAAUUUAAAUUUAAAACCAAACCACAGCAGGCAUCAAAGUAGGAGGUUGCUCCGUGCAAUACCCAGACAGAUUACCAGUGUUCUAGGUGCAGAUUCAUUGUGGAAUAUGGGUAUAACAGGGAAGGGAGUGAAAGUUGCCAUUUUUGAUACAGGUUUAUCAAAGGCACACCCACAUUUUAGAAAAAUUAAGGAACGAACAAAUUGGACUAAUGAAAAAACUUAUGAGGAUGGUUUGGGUCAUGGGACAUUUGUAGCUGGUGUGAUAGCUUCAAGCAAAGAAUGUUUAGGGUUUGCCCCUGAUUCAGAAUUGCACAUUUUCCGCGUUUUUACCAGCAAGCAGGUUUCAUACACCUCAUGGUUUUUGGAUGCCUUCAAUUAUGCCAUUUUAAAGAAAAUUAAUGUGCUGAAUUUAAGUAUUGGUGGGCCAGACUUCAAGGAUCACCCAUUUGUUGACAAGGUUUGGGAAUUGACUGCAAAUAAAGUUAUUAUGGUGUCUGCAAUUGGCAAUGAUGGACCUUUAUAUGGAACUUUGAACAAUCCAGCUGAUCAAAUGGAUGUAAUAGGAGUCGGUGGUAUAAACUUUGAAGAUCAAAUAGCAAAAUUCUCAUCAAGAGGCAUGACAACUUGGGAAUUGCCUCAAGGAUAUGGUAGAGUGAAGCCAGAUAUUGUGACCUAUGGAUCAGCAGUGAAGGGCUCAAAUAUAAAAGGUGGAUGUAGAACUCUUUCAGGAACUAGUGUUGCUUCACCUGUUGUAGCAGGAGCUGUGACUUUAUUGGCAAGUGGAGUGUUGCACAGAGGUGAUAUCAUAAAUCCAGCCAGCAUGAAACAAGCACUUAUGGCAUCUGCUAGAAGAUUGACUGGUGUCAACAUGUUUGAGCAAGGUCAUGGGAAACUAAAUCUUUUGAAAGCAUAUCAAAUUUUGAACACCUAUAAACCACAGGCGAGCCUUAGUCCAAGUUAUGUGGACCUUAGUGAAUGUCCAUACAUGUGGCCUUAUUGCACCCAACCCCUCUACUACGGUUCUCUUCCCGUCAUCGUUAACAUCACCAUCCUCAACGGACUCGGCGUCUCGGGACGAAUUGUAGGCAAGCCCCAAUGGCAUCCCUACGUUCAACAUCAAGGAAAUAUGCUUGACGUGGCCGUUUCCCACUCGGAGCUGCUUUGGCCUUGGUCCGGGUGGAUGGCGGUCAGUUUGAGCGUCGCAGCUGAAGGUGCUACUUAUGAGGGUGUGGCCCACGGCCAUGUAGCUCUCACAAUUGAAUCACCACCCGGACCUGGCGAGACUGAGCCGAGACAGAGCUCUGUACAACUAGCCAUUAAAGCCAAGAUCGUUCAAACGCCACCCAGACACAAAAGAAUACUGUGGGAUCAGUAUCACAACUUGAGGUACCCACCAGGGUAUUUUCCUAGGGAUAAUUUAAAAGUGAAAAACAAUCCGUUGGAUUGGAAUGGCGAUCACAUCCACACUAACUUCAAGGAGAUGUACCAAAAUCUGCGAAACGCUGGUUAUUACAUUGAGGUGCUGGGGUCGCCCUUCACUUGUUUCGAUGCCUCACAAUAUGGUACUCUAUUAAUCGUCGAUCCCGAAGAAGAGUUCUUUCCGGAGGAAAUUUUAAAACUUAAGCGGGACGUGGACAGCGGACUGUCCGUUAUUGUGUUCGCAGACUGGUACAAUGUGACUGUAAUGAAAAAAGUGAAGUUCUACGACGAGAAUACAAGACAGUGGUGGAUGCCAGAUACGGGCGGCAGUAACGUACCAGCUUUAAACGAUUUAUUAGCAUCUUGGGGCGUACAAUUAGGUGACAGGGUUUUUGAAGGACAUUUUAAACUUAAUGAUCACGACAUGUACUACGCCUCAGGGACUAGCAUUAAAAAGUUUCCCGACGAUGGUAUCUUGCUUUCUGCUUCACUUCUUGACCAAGGAGCUCAGAUUUUGGGCGAAGUUGAUGAGGAGAAGUAUAAAGUUCCUCUCUUAGGACUAUUGCAGACGAAGUAUUCGGAGAAGAGUGGUCGAAUCAUUGUCUACGGCGAUUCAAAUUGUAUCGAUGGCAGUCAUUUAGAAAACCCAUGUUACUGGAUGUUGGAUGCGAUGCUAGAGUACACGUCAACGUCUCAUUUGCCUUCUGUCUUCAAAGAUAACCAAAUGGAAAGCUCUAAGGAUGUGGUUGUAACAGAUCAUCCAGCCAGAAUGGAAGGGAAUAGACUUUAUAGAUAUUCUAAGGUGUUGGAGGGACAUUUAGGCGAGUCUCAAACAAGGCCUUUACCACAAUGUCCUCAUCUAGUCUGGUCGCAGCCAGUACCUUUAAAUGUAACGGCUCCGCCCGUUUUGUAUCAACCUCAGAAAUUAUUGUCGUUGAUGGAGGACAGCGGUGUUCCCGUUCACAAUGUGGAUAACAUUAUUAAAGACGCUUCCGGUCACGAGAACAGCGCCGAACUGAUCGAGUGGAGCUGGCGUAACAACCGACCGUCGGACGCAGGUUCACGUCACGACGAGAACUUCAGCGUUACGAUUGCCCUCUGCUUGCUGCUCACGUUGCUUGUGGUCUACUACUUCCUGAAGUGGACAUGGUGCCGUCCUAAACCCAAGAAGCGAAAACUAUGCAAGAGGUUGCUCAAUAUUGUGCAAUGCCGUAGAUUAUCCACGGUUUAAAUUGAUGUUUGAUACUCUCUGGAGCGUUAUUUAUAUGCCAAUAACAAUUUUUAUGAGAUUUAUUUCACCAAUUAUAGAACAAAUAGAAUAAUUUUAUUAUGUUUAAGUAUAAAAAGACAGCGUACAAUAAUUUGAAUAUAGGGGUUUAUCUAACAUGAUGAAAACUUCACUUGAUCUUUUCGUUAGAUGCACUGAAGUUUCUGUGUAUAUAAGGUUAAUUAUUUUUUAUACAUUAAUACUGAUUUUAAAUAAAUAACCUUCAUGAAAGUAUCAUAUUUCAAUAAGUAGGUAUGUUAUAUAUUUCAGAACUCAUUAGAAUAAAUAUAUAUUAUUUGUGUUCUAUAACAACUAAUUGUAACACCAUAUAUUACAUUUAUAUUUUACUUCAAGUAUUUUAGUCACUUUAAUUAUUAUAAACUAUAGUUUAUUGUAAAAAGUUUUAUACAAAAAUGUGAUUUAUAUUUAAUAAGAAAAACAAAAAUUAGAAUUCGUAAAUUUAAUAUCAUUAAAUAAUUAUUGAACACCAAUAAUAUACACUAUUUUUAUUAUUUGAUUUAAUUUAACCACACAUUUUCCUACGUUAUUCAGAAAUACCAUUACAAUGAUUCUAAUUGAUCAUUAUGAUUGAAUGAGAUUCCCAUUGUUAUAUUUUUUAUUAUGCGAUGUUCCGAUUAGUAUAAUCUCUUAUCUUACCGUUUACAACUGAAUUUCGCCUCGUAAAUUAUGACAAUUGCUGUCCUAAUCAAUCAUAAUGAUUUACAUUGCUCUUGUUCAACCUUUACCUAAAUGUCAUCCCUUAAGCACAUCAAGUAAAAAUUAUGCGCCGUACUUUUCCGAGUUCAAACCAUUUCACAGCUGUUAUGCUUUGUAACAUAGAUAAUGUGUACAUAUAGAAUAAUAAGUCUACAACUAGCAGCAUCAUUUGUAAUUUGUCACUAUUUCAUUUUUGUACAUAUACUCGAUAUAUUUAUGUAUGUUUUGUAGUAAAAGAUUUUAAAAAUGAUAUUAAAUUAUUUAUACUGAA